GUUAAAUAUUGUUUGUUAAGAUCUGUGAGAAAACGGUCCUCAAGCGAAUUCUGAAGGAGCUGUGGAAAAUAGUGCUCAACACCAUCGAACGACAGAUUGUUCUUCCUCCCUUCUCAGAUCAGACAAGACGAUUGCUUUACAAACAAGGCCCAGUUCGAUGCCGGAUUUGUGAAUCGAUUUCAAUUGAGUGAUGGAGCGAUCCCAACGUUAGAACACCCCGAUAAGGAGUCAGAACCACAGGUGAUAAAGGAUCUACAUUUUGAGGGCUCAGUGAGGACCCCCGGCCGACUCCCCUGUAGCUUGUGUUCAAGCUACCCCUGAUGAUACUUCCCAUGCUUCCCGCUUAAUAUUCUCAGGAUCAUGUUUAAUGACGGAAAAUGUCAAACUAAUUAACUCUAAACACCCAGGCCAAUGCUAAAAUCAUUUGUUUAAUGAUAAUUGUUACUAUAUGAUCAUUUUAACUGGUUUGCAUCCGCAGUUUGCAACUGCUGACCUGCACGUGUCAACAUUGGCUUCUUAUAAAAGACCACCUUAUAAAAUUUUGGCUUUAACGUAACCCUGUCACACCUUGCUUGUGAAUGUUGCAGUUACACCCUCCAUUUCUAGUAUCAUACAAUUUUGCAAAAUAUUUAAACAGAAAGUAGCUUAGCUUCCUCUUUUUCAUAGAGUAGCUAAAGCGCGUGAGUUUUAAAUCGCUCUCGCGAUACUUUUAUGUCAUACGCCGAUCCGAUUUGUUUGCGCAGGCGCAGCGCCGCAUGAACGUCUCGAAAAGGGGAAAAAUCGUCAGGUGUUCUUCUUUACAUCGUUUCUGUUUUCAGACAAACUAAACUAACCCAACACAACCUAUACACUGAUGUUUACUGGCAAAGGUUAGCAACACAAUAGCAUUGUUGAGUGUGUUUAUAUUUGAGUUUUCGAACCUCGCGCAAAAAUAACGAACGUUAGCGGAUGCUGCGGUCGGUUAAUCACUUUAGCCACGAUGAGCAGCGAUAUCGCAAAAAGAUCUUCCGUUAGCCCUGAUAAAACUUGCUGUUCUAGGUUCACUAAUGUCCUAAAACGUGUCUUUGUCUGCAAGAAAAGCAAAGAGUCUUUGAACAGAGAUGAAGAUGCAGUAAGCCCAAGUGAACACACCGGUUGGGUGAUACACCCAUUGAGUUCCCUCAGAUAUUACUAUCUGAUGUCUAUGGUGAUCUUAACAUUCGCCAAUCUUAUAACAAUCCCUCUGGACAUGGCUUUCUCUGAGGAUAUACGUGGUAAUAGACACAGAUACUGGGUGGCCUUCAACGUCUUCUCCGACAUCAUGUUCUGUGUGGACAUUGGUAUUAAUUUUCGAAUGGGUAUUUUCACUGAAGACGGUCAGGUGCCCAUCCUUGAUCCAAAGCUCAUAAGAAAAGAUUAUUUAAAAUCUUGGUUUGUUCCAGAUGUUGUGGCUGCAUUUCCUGUUGACAUUAUAAUUGUUAUUGUGGACCAUUGUAAUAGUGCAGACACAAGCUCGCUGUUGGCUUCAAAGAUGGUGAGGAUGCUUAUGUUCGCGAGGAUCCUGAGCAUGAUUCGUGUGCUCCGUUUGCCAAGGCUCAUGAGAUUCUACUCUGAACUUGAAAAUGUCUCGGAUAUACAGCUUGACGUAGUCCGGCGGUCUAUCAGGUUUACAUUUGCCUUACUGAUGAUCUUUCUCAUCUGGCAUUGGAACGGAUGUAUUCAGUUCUUCAUACCUGUUCUGGAUGAGUUUCCCCUUGACUGCUGGGUCACAAGAGAGAAUCUUACGAAUAGCACAGUUGGUGAAAAAUACUCCUUUGCUUUGUUCAGAACUUUCUUUCAAAUGACCUGGAUGUCCUACAGAUCUACUGACACACCAACACGUAUUGAAGAACAGUGGGGUGUUAUUGUCAGUAUGCUGAUUGGAUUUUCAGUCUUUAUCACAUGCAUCACUUUUGUGGUUGUGACGUUUGUCCGUGCCGCUGCCACAAGUAAUGUGUACAUGAAAAAGAUAAACCAACUACAAUCCUCCAAGGUGUUCAGACAGCUGCCCAAAGCCUUGCGCCAGCGAAUCACUGUGCAUUACAAGUGGGAAUUUGAUAAGAAGAACAUCUUUGAUCUCGUCCCGAAACCACUCAGAAAGGAUAUUAUGGCAGCCAUGUGUACGGACCUGCUAAAGAAAGGAUCGUUGUUUAGAAACAAUGAUCCAAAAUUUGUUGAAGCCAUGUUAAUGAAACUGGAGUAUGAGAUCUUCCAGGCAGGUGAAAUCAUACUUUAUCAGAAUACUCGGGCUGAUCGUAUGUUCUUUAUCGAGUGUGGACAAGUGCUCGUGGAGACUGAAUUCUUCCAGAUGGUGUUGUCUACUGGAGAUCACUUUGGAGAGAUAUGUUUGCUGUUUGGUGGACGGCGGCAGGCUACAGUUCGAGCUUUAGAUGCCUGCAGACUGUUCUCACUUUCUUUAGACCACCUUCUGGAGAUCGAGGAGGAGUUUCCCGAUGUAGUGAAUGAGCUGAGGGAAAAAGCUCAACAGCGUAAAAGUGAACUAGAGCGAGCUGAGCUGAGACAACUUGCUUCAUCUACAUCUGAUGAUGUGUGAAAAACUUACUCUACUUAUUGUAUUCUAUAAUAAAAUUUGAGUUAUUGACUAAGAUAAUUUACAUAUUUUAAGCUUUAGAUGUUAUGCAUUGUAUAGUUUAUUGUAUUUUAUUAAACAAUUCAAGUUAUUGA